UUUCUGACUGAUUGCUGGAUGUUGAUUUCUCAAUUAACUCUGGUGUUCUAAACUCUGCAACUUCACAUCCAUUACAUGGGAAGCUCUAUGAGCUGAAUGCUGAAAUUAGUCACAGGGAGCUUGAUUGGAAAAUAACAUUUAAGUGUUGUUGGAAAUGUUGGCAAGUAAGUUUCAUAUGAGUUUAUACCUCACUGCUACUUGUAGACACUGUUGAUAGUUGUUUUCUCAGAAAUGGUAACUCAUUUUGAGCUCAGGUUAGAAUAUCCGAAUUUGGGAUCUAUGAUGCUAUAGAGAAACUCAUUGCUUGGGGGGGGGGGGGGGGGGGGGGGGGGGGUUAAGCAAACAGUAACUCUGUGAAAUUAUAGUCGGAUAUUUCUUUGAGGUUCUUGGGUUAGUCUCAGCCCAAGGAUGAGUCAGAACGUGUUCUAGGACAAGGUAAUAUAAAGUCAUUAAGAUAGUUACUGUUGGGAAAUUGCACGCUUGAAAAUUACAAUUAGUGGCUGCUACUUAUCUUUCCUUGAUCAUACAAAUUCACACUCAUCAUUCAUUAACAGAUUUCAAGCUGAGAAAUCCAAAAUCUUACAUUGAGAGAAUUAGAAAUUCCUAUAGGCAUGUUUUUGGACAAUGCCGGCAUGAGCUUAUUUGCUAGUGGAUUACUUGUUUUGAUUUCAUUCGACAGAACUAGUCAACUACCUUGUCGGCCAAGGUUUACAUUCAAAUAUCAGUGUUUGCUAUGUUUGAAAAAAUGCGUUAGCAAAGAGAAAAAGAAAUGUGCUCAGGGCACUCGAGAUUCGUUUCCAUGAGUUUAAAUUUACUGGAAAUGACAUUCUUGCUCAUUGUUUAUCAUUCUGUAUGUUUUAUUUGCCUGCCUGAGGGAGUUGAUUUGUUUUUCUCGAUAAUCUUUGUCAAGAUAUAAAGUUGGGAGAGUGGAGCAGUCGGAGACAUCUGAUUAAGCAAAGGCCAGGGGUUGAACUUCUGUAUGUUUAAUCACAUUAAUUUAGAAGAGAACUAGAUUAUAUUUCUAAGCUCUUUUCUCCCUGGAAAACUUUUAUCACUUGUACCCUUGACAUUAAACAGGUAAUUGCCAGAAAAAUUAGUCCAGGUUCUUUCUCCAGCAACUAGGACUGAUGGUAUCAUUGGGCCAGAUGCUGUUCAUCUUCUUGCAAUUGAGGGGCUAGUUUCAAUAACCAAAUAUUGGGUUAUCUUUCCAUGAUGAUGGGACUGCUGCUGUCAGUCUUCUUGGUCCUAGAGGAACGAUAAUAUCUCUGCAAUUUUCCACGAUGAAGUUGACCAUUUUUGUAUUUCCUAAGGAUGCAAAGCUUAAAUUAUUCUAUGCUUUUGUCAAUUAAUUUUUUUACUCGAUCUUAACAGGAUUGUGAUCUAUGGAUUUGUUCUUCUUACUUAAAGUAUGUGUUUUAUUCUUCGAUUAUCAUGUGGUGUAUGCCAAGUACCCACUAAAGCCGAUGCUAUCAGCCAGUUUGCUAACCUUGUACAGUUGUUUUAUGUUUUGUCAUCAGGAAAAUCAUGGGCUGGAUAAUGUUGGAAUGAGUUAUGGAUUUGAUUUUGUUGAUUGCGCUGCUCUGCGAUUUUGGAUUGGCUCCAUAGAAGAUGCUGCUUGCUCUUCUGAUUUGGGGGCACUGUUAAUGCAAGUAUGAUCCAUUUCUGAUAAACUUAAAGCUGAUGCAGUGCAGCUGGUAAUCUUGUGAAAUACACAGUGUGAUCUGAUUGUUCCUUUGUUAUUUUAUUGCAGAUGUGGCCUAAAGAAGUUAUAUAUGAAAGUCAAGGUAAGCAUCUUUUUUUCUGUUAAUCUUGGAUGUGGGGUUCAGUAAACAAUGGCAUUUGAAUAGGUUAAUUUAGACACCGAGGAAAAAUGAAGAUCAUAAAAGGAGCUUCUUUGGUUGUCUUCAGACCCGCACUUCUAGAAAUAUCCGUCCAGGCUCAUUGUCAGCUAAGUGUCGUAAUUUUCAUUUAUCUCAUUAAGUGUAAAGCAGAGGAAGUACACAUUAACUGGUGCGUGCAGUUACCUCUCAAAAGCACUGUUGCUGCUUCAGAGAAUGAAAAAUUGUUUCUGUGCAUCUAUUUUUGUUGCUUGUCGGGGUUAGCCAUAAUAUAUUUUUUGGUCCACUCCCUAGUUAGUCUUGUGUUUUCAAUAUUCCAUUUAUAUGUUCCUGGAUUUCCCGUGAAUUGUUGCUGGCAUGGUUGAUGAGCCGCACUACCAGUGUGACCUUAACCAGUUAUCUUUCUUGAACAAUCUAGUGAAUAGUUAAUGGAUCCUUGCUUAACAUGAAGGUUUGGAUUGCACUGAACCCAUUCCCUCUACCUUUGUCUAUAUUUCAGGUCCCACAGCACCUCAGUUGACUCCCGUACUGCCUGCUACUACUGGUUUUGCUGAUGCAUCUGAAGUAAGGAAUUUGAUCCAGUUAAAGGACUUGUUUGGAGGGUUUUCUAUCCCAUUGAAUAGUGCACUUGACAGUAUAAUGCAUCAAGACCUAGCUUUAUUAGUUCAUGGUGGUCUUGUCGGUCAUCUCUCUAGGUUGAUGGUAUGCACACUCAUAAUCCCCUCAGUUUGUUCCCCGCUAAUAUGCUAGUGUUAUAGAUAACCUCCUCUGCUAAAAAGAUCAUUGCCGCAAUUGGAUGUGGAACACAACUGCUCUGACAAUUAUUCAGCGAUAGUGAGACCUCCACUGAGUCAGGCGUGUGCAUGGCCGGCUGAGAGUGAAGUGUGGGUGUACAGGGGAAGUGACCAAGGGAAGAAGAGAAACAAAACAAGUAAGUAGCUCCAAAGGUGGGUGUUUUUGAUAAAUUAAUGGGGUCUGACUAUGGUUGCAGUCUUGCCAUUAGGCUUUGUUGCUCAUUGUUAAUGGCUUCCUUUGGCACAGACAAAUGGUGGCUUUUCGCAUGGGUAGAAAGCUUAGAACCUUAUAAAUGGCAGUUUCCUCUCUCUCAGGAUUCUCACUUGGCAGUUUCCCCGCCAAUUACGACCAUCCACUCUUAACAUUUCCAUCCUGAUCAGUUCAAUCCGCUCCCAACAUGGAAAUCCAGACGAUUCCCGUCUCCAAUAUUGAUCUCUGAAAGAUUGCCGGAGAGAAAGUUUCGGAAUCGGUUGCCGGAGAAGAAAAAUGGAGGUGAUGGAGGCGGAGCCAAUGACGAACAGGAAGAGCAAGAAGAAGAGGAUCGAGCUGGGGAUCUCCUGUAUGCUGAACACGGAAGUCUCCUCUGUCCUCGCCGUGCUCCGCCGCCCGCCGGCAGACCCCACGGCGGCGCAAUUCCUCUCCCAGGAGGAAAACAACUCCGACACCGCGCUGGUCCACACGUUCAAAUCCCUCCGGACCCUAAUCUUCAACCCGCCGCAGGACUGGCAGACCAUGGACCCAGCCGUCUACCUGACCCCGUUCCUCGACGCCAUUCAAUCCGACGACAUCCCCGCCGCGGCCACCUCCAUCGCACUCUGCUCCGUCCUCAAGAUCCUCACCGUCGGGAUCUUCGACGAGCGCACCACGGGGGCCAGGGACGCGAUCAACUCCGUCGUGAUAGGAAUCACGUGCUGCCGGCUGGAGCGGACCGACCCGGUCUCGGAGGACUCCGUCAUGAUGCGGAUCCUCCAGAUCCUAACGGCGAUCAUGAAGCACCGAACCGCCAUCCUGCUCGCCGACCAGGCCGUCUGCACCGUCGUCAACACCUGCUUCCAGGUCGUGCAGCAGUCGGCGAGCAGGGGCGACUUGCUGCAGCGGAGCGCCAGGUACACGAUGCACGAAUUGGUGCGGAUGAUCUUCUCGAAGCUCCAGGACAUCGAGGUGAAACAGGGGGAGGAAUUGGAGACAGACAUUGACGAUGAUGCUGAUUUCGACGGGAAUCUGGACUCGGGGUAUGGGAUCCGGAGCGCGGUGGACAUCUUCCAUUUCCUCUGCUCGUUGCUCAAUGUCGUGGAAGUUGUGGAGAGCGAAGGGAAUCUGUACAGGACUUCUGAUGAGGAUGUUCAGCUUUUCGCCCUGGUUUUGAUCAAUUCGGCGAUCGAGCUCAGUGGAGACGCCAUUGGCAAUCAUCCAAAGCUUCUGAGGAUGAUUCAGGAUGAUUUGUUCCAUCAUUUGAUUCACUAUGGAACUUCCUCCAGCCCACUCGUUUUGUCCAUGAUCUGCAGCACCGUGCUCAACAUUUACCAUUUCCUGCGCAGAUUUGUUCGUCUGCAGUUGGAAGCCUUCUUCAAGUUCGUGCUACUCCGAGUGGCAUCCGCCGGAAUCUCAGCUCAGCUCCAGGAAGUGGCAAUUGAAGGAAUCAUCGACUUCUGCAGGCAACCAACCUUCAUCAUCGAAGCUUACGUGAACUACGACUGCGACCCGGUCUGCAUCAACGUGUUCGAGGAAACCGCAAAGCUACUCUGCAAGCUCUCGUCCCCGGGCGCCAGCCCGUCCACUUCACUGCAAGCUCAAGCAUUCGAAGGUCUCGUCGGAAUUAUCCACAACAUCGCCGAGAACAUCAACCGAGAAGGCGAUUCCACACCUUUGGGUCCUUACCCGGUUCACAUCACGGAGUAUAGCAAGUUCUGGAUGGACAGGCCGCUCGACGGCAGCGAAGCCUCCAUAUCAUACCUCCGAACUAGGAAAGCACAGAAGAGAAAGCUCGUAAUCGCCGGGAACCAUUACAGCAGAGAAGAGAGGAAAGGUUUGGAGUAUCUCCGGUUAAGCCUGAUGUUCCCGGACCAGCCCGACCCGAAAGAUUACGCCUUCUUCUUCCGGCUCACCCCGGGGCUUGACAAAACCAUGAUCGGCGAUUACCUCGGCGAUCCUGAUGACUUCCACAUUCAAGUUCUGAAGGAGUUCACCUGCACAUUCGAAUUCUCCGGCAUGAUCCUCGACACGGCCCUCCGCACCUAUCUCGCCACGUUCCGGCUGCCCGGAGAGUCGCAGAAGAUCCAGAGGAUCCUCGAAGCAUUUUCCGAGCAAUUCUACGAGCAACAGCCUUCUGACAUCUUCGCCGGGAAAGAUUCGGUCUUCGUCCUCUGCUACUCUCUCAUCAUGCUCAAUACCGACCAGCACAACCCUCAGGUGAAGAAGAAGAUGACGGAGGAGGAGUUCAUCCGGAACAACAGAGCAAUCAACGCCGGGGAGGAUCUGCCGAGGGAGUACUUAUCUGAGCUUUUCCAGUCAAUCUCCAGGAAGGCGAUCUCGCUCUUCGGCCAGACCGGCGGUCAGCCCGAGAUGAACCCAGGGCUGUGGGUCGAGCUGAUGAGCGCUUCGAAGACACUCCAACCAUUCUAUCUCGCCGAUUUCGACCGCCGGUUGGGCCGGGACAUGUUCUCCUCUGUCGCCGGGCCGGCGGUGGCGGCUCUCACCGCUUUCUUUGAACAGGCCGACGAGGACGAGCUGUUCCACGAGUGUGUCGAAGCGCUGAUCUCCGUUGCCAGAAUUGCUCAGUACGGGCUUGAAGACGCUCUCGACGAGAUGCUCGCUUCGCUCUGCAAAUGCACGACGCUGCUGAACCCUUACGCCUCGUCGGAGGAGACUCUGUUCGCGUUCAGCCACGACCUGAAGCCUCGAAUGGCCGUUCUCGCAGUUUUCAGCAUCGCGAACAAUUUCGGCAGAGCGAUUCGCGGCGCGUGGAGACCGAUCUUAGACUGCCUGUUGAAGUUGAAGAAGCUCAAGCUUCUCCCCUCGUCGGUGAUCGAGCUCGACAGCUCCUUCUCCGAUUCGGAACAAUCCCAAAACAACGGAAGCGUUGGCAGUGGAGGAGUAGGAGGAGUAAUUUUUCCUUCUUCCUCUCAAGAUCAAAGAUCGCGGUCCACCACCAUGAUCAGCAAAUUCUCCCACUUUUUCUCUAUAGACAGCAUGGAGGAAUCGUUAUCACUCGGUCUCAACGAAUUCGAGCAGAAUCGGAAGGUGAUCAAGCAAUGCCAGAUUGGAAGCAUUUUCACAAACAGCUGGAACUUGCCCAACGAGACUCUGCUCUACCUCGGCCGCUCUCUGAUCUUCGCCUCCGCGGGAAAAGGUCAGAAAUUCGCUACUCCGAUCGAGGAAGAAGAAACCAUCGAGUUCUGCUGGGAUCUGAUCGCCGCCCUGUCCUUCGCAAACAUCAACCGAUUGCAGGACUUCUGGCCUUCGUAUCACGACAAUCUCCUCGAAGCAAUCCAUUUCCCUCUGUUUUCCGCGAUCCCAUUUGCAGAGAAAGUCAUAAUUGCGCUCUUCAGAAUAUGCCUCAAGCUUCUUUCUUCCGCCAGACUCGACAAGCUCCCCGAAGAGCUCAUCUUCAAAUCCAUCAACCUGAUGUGGACGAUCGACAAGCAGAUUCUCGACACGUGUUGCGAAUCCAUCACCAAGUCCGUCAGCAAGAUCCUGAUCGAGUACCCUGCCAACUUGCAGAGCUUUUUGGGCUGGAAAUCGGUGCUGCAUCUCUUAUCGGUCUCCGGUCGCCAUCUAGAGACAUAUGAUCAAAGCGUCGAGACGCUGAUCAUGUUGAUCUCCGAUCAAACCCAUGUUUCUAGGACGAAUUACCCAUUCUGCAUCGACUGCACAUUCGGAUUUGUCGCCCUGAAGAACAGCCCCCUGGAGAAAAACCUGAAGAUUCUCGACCUGUUGGCAGAAUCAGUCACAUUGCUAGUCGACUGGUACAAGAACUACUCCGACCCGGGGAUCAACAUGAAUUUCAGCACAGCAAGCACCGGGAGCAACCCAGAAUUCAGCCCGUCGACGUUCUCGAUCAACCUGUUCAUCAAGCUGGGAGAGGCGUUCAGGAAAACCAGUCUGGCGAGGCGGGAGGAGAUAAGGAACCACGCGAUCAAGUCUCUUUGGAGGAGCUUCGAGUUGGCCGAGGAACUCGACUUCUCGCCUGCCAACUGCAUGAACUGCUUCAACCUUGUGGUGUUCGCGAUGGUGGACGAUCUCCACGAGAAGAUGAUCGAGUACUCGAGGCGGGAAGGGGCCGAGAGGGAAGUGAGGAGCAUGGAAGGGACGUUGAUGCUGGCGAUGGAGUUGCUGACGGAUGUUUACCUGCAGUUCCUGAAGCAGAUUGCGGCGAGCCCCGGGUUCAGGACGUUCUGGCUGGGCGUGUUGAGGAGGAUGGAUACCUGUAUGAAGGCUGAUCUUGGGGUUUAUGGUGAGGCCAAGCUGCAGGAGGUGAUUCCAGGAUUUUUGAGGAAGAUGAUUACAAGGAUGAAAGGAGAUGAGAUUUUGGUGCAGAAGGAAGAUGCUGAUCUGUUUGAGGUUACGUAUAUUCAGAUACAGUGGAUUGCGCCUUCUCUCAAGCAGGAAUUGUUUCCAGAGCUUGAGAUUUAGAGGGCCAGUUUUUUUUGGUUUAGGUAGAAAAUUUUUGGUUCAAUCUUUGUUCGGCUGUGUGUAAUUUUUUUGAGCAAAAAAUAGAUUAGUUUUAGUACUACUUUGGCUAACCUGAAUGAGUGUAUAUAUGAUACAUACACAAGUAACUAGUGAUGUUUUGAUCUAAUCGAAAACGAUUGAAGUACUUCUUGACGAGUUUUGAUUGUCAUAUUGAAUGACUUUUUAGUUUUGGGUUCUAAUAAAUAUGAAUAAAAUUG